AUGGCUUCCGACGGCUGGUGGAGGGACCCAGGGGCGGCCCAGCUGAGGGGCGGACAGCGGAUCUGCCGGAGUCUGUCCACACAAGACCCUAAAUUGCUCGCGAGGGGGCAGGGGAAACCCCCCGUGGAAUUCCUGUCCAGGCCGUGCACCGCCACUGGGUAUGCUCAGAUGAGGACCUCCAUUGGCGACGGCGACGGCGGCAUGACAGCAGCCUCAGCGUCCAUCGGUUCCGGCACUGUGGAGGAACAUAGUGGCGGCGGCGGCGGCGGCGGCGGCGGCUGGAGUUGGUGCCGUGGCGGCGGCGACAGGCGCCCGUCUGGUGCAGGUGACUGGACUAGCAGCGGCGAUGACGGUAGACGCGCCCGCGGCGGAGGCGCGAGUAGCUGGGGCGCCGGCAGUGAAUUCGUGGGCUGA